AGGAGCGCUUUGUUUUGAUCUUGAAGCCUUUUAAAACGAUGAUAGUAAUGAUUACAGUGGUUAUGAUGACAUUUCUCCCGUCAACUGGAUAUCAUUAGUAAGUUAGUAGUCAUGGUGAUUACUGAGCCAUAAUUUGGAUGUGCAGACGCCCAGUUUAGCUGCUCCGGAGUCUCGGAACAGGAGGAGCUAAUCAUCGAGAAACUUCCAACCGAACAGUCAUCAAAGAUGGACAGUCGGGCUGAUUUACAGAAGACUGUCUACACCAGGAAGGGGGAGAAAUUUGAGAUAGCCGACGAGGAGAGAAAAGGAGGAGACUCUGCGAGAUCAGAUAUUCAUGUGGGAAUGAGGGCUGGCGGAAGGCGGACAGGGAGUUUAUUAUGGGAAGCGUGCAAAGGAGAACAAACAUGACAGUCGUGGCGUGUUCAGGAGUGAAGAGGCGAGGCAAGGGUGAAUAAUUGAAUUCUUCAUACAACGUACAGUGAGGCUGUGUCUGGCUCUCCAGGGAUACGAAUUAUGGGCCGUAUAUUCAGUAGCAACAAUGAAGGACCAUAAUCACCCCCAGACCACAGACAGUAAGGAUGAAAAGGAUACUUCAAUGACCUCCUUUGGCAUGGCUGUGCGAGGCCUCCCUCUGGCCUUAGCAUCCAUGACUCAAACUGCUACCUCUGACACACGCUUCCACCCAAAAUGGCGAGCGAUCGCCGUGGCGACCCUGUUCGCGUUAGUGCUCAUGUUAUAUUUGCACGGGACUGUAGAGGACUGGGAGCGUCCAACCAAAGGUUACUACCGGAACAGGGUUCACAGCUUUCAAAUGCUCGAUGAGGGUGAGGAUGACUUAUUCAGGGACACCAAUAGACAAAUUGCACGAAAGCCCGGCCGCCAGCAGAGGAGGGAAAAACCGUACAAUCACACAUAUCCUUUGAGUCCACCUGAGAAGACGCUGCACGGCACCCGUUACCGCAUAGGAGUGAUUGCAGACUUGGACAAAGCGUCAAAGAGCUCGAAGGAUCAGACGUGGUUCAGCUACAUGAAAAGAGGUCACCUGACUGUUUCAGCCUCCGGCGACAGACUGGAAGUGGAAUGGGAUGCGGAGACGGUCACCCUGGAGAGCCAUCUGGCUGAGAAAGGACGAGGUAUGGAGCUAUCUGAGCUGGUAGCAUUCAAUGGUCACCUGUACACUGUGGACGACCGUACAGGUGUGGUGUACAGGAUUGAGGGCAACCAGGCAGUUCCUUGGGUUAUAUUACCUGAUGGUGAUGGCUCAGUCUCCAAAGGUUUCAAGGCAGAGUGGCUUGCAGUAAAGGAUGAGCACCUGUUUGUUGGAGGCCUGGGGAAGGAAUGGACGACGACUUCUGGGGACGUCAUCAACAACAAUCCCGAGUGGGUAAAAGUUGUUGGCGUCAGUGGAGAGGUGGAACAUCAAAACUGGGUGCCUCACUACAACGCCCUACGGAGUGCAGCGGGGAUCAAACCACCAGGCUACCUUAUCCACGAAUCAGCAGCUUGGAGUGAGCGUCUCCAGCGGUGGUUCUUCCUCCCUCGCCGUGCCAGUCACGAGCGUUAUGAAGAGACGGCAGAUGAGCGACGUGCCACCAACCUCCUCUUGUCCUGCCCUGCAGACUUCCGCUCCGUCAGCGUGCAGCGCGUCGGACCGCUCAACCUCACACGCGGCUUCUCCUCUUUUAAAUUUGUCCCAGACACAGAUGAUCAAAUCAUCCUAGCAAUAAAAUCAGAGGAGGAUGCAGGCAAGAUUUCCACCUACAUCAUUGCGUUUACACUAGGCGGCCAGGUGCUGCUGCCUGAGACAAAGAUAGGAGAUGUAAAAUAUGAAGGGCUAGAGUUUAUUUGAAAGAGGCAGUGCUGAAUCUGCAGCGUUCCUGUGCAAUAUGAUGUGACCAAAUUCAGACAUUAUAUAACUACGAUUAUUGAGAGACACAAGAAAAGAUAAAAGGGAAACCCUGAAGCAUAGCUGUGUGUCACCAACCACGGACUGGCUGACUGAUGCAGCCAAAAAACAAAUGUUUUAAAGGCAUUACUACUUAAUUUCAGCACUGCUACAUUGCUGUCUAAACCUCCUGGUUUGACACUACUGAGUCUGUUAAACACCAGAUAAGAUGUAGAUCUCCUUUCCUGCAGCCGAACUCUGCUGGUCAGACACUCACGGAAAUGAGACGAAAGAGCGUUUAAAAAAAUAAAAGUUAAUGUUCAUACAUUACUUGAAAUAUUUAAGGUCACUUGUUGCUUUGGAUUUUAUUUAUCUGUUUGGACACACUGAGGUUUUGUCAUAAUAGAAAUGGAACAGGCCCAAACAUGUUCACUUGUUUUAUAUCGGCUGUUCUGUAAAUGAUAAGUUAUUCUAGGUAAGUCUAGAGGGGUGUACUAUGCAGCAAAAUUAAGCAGGUAGUGAGCUAUGUUGAGUUUAGAGUCAAAGUUUUCAGAUCUUCUCUUUUACUUUUGUUUGAGAUCAUUAUGCUGAAUGUAAUCUGGGCUUUACAGACCAGCAUGCUUUACUCACUUGUUCUCCCAUGACAUACUCUAAGAGUGAUACGUUCCCGUCUGAGGGGAUACAUUUUUAUAUAGAACCUGUUCAGGCACUGCUGAACAACAGUGCAGUAAAGUUACUGUGGCACAAACUGUGUCAACUUAGUGAUGCAGAAAAUGCAUAAAUAGGUGUUUUUCUUUGGUCUUACUUUGUUACUGAGUCUAGUUUACACUGUCGGUAUGACAUCCUGAUAGAAGACCAAUCAGAGAAUCGAUUAGUCUGUAAUUAUUAAAUAGAAUAUUCACUUAAGAAAAUCAAUUAUUCACUUUAAUUCAGUCCAAAGCCUGAGACCCAUAUCGUCUUCAUUAUGAGGAACUCUCAGACUCGAAUGCAGUUUGAAUGUUUAAAUGGAUCCAGUUUAAAAGCUAUAAUACGCAGCUGUCAUAUUAGAAAUAAACCCCAGUAUGAAGUUUGCACUGCAUGGAAAAAUAGCCUAAUAUUUUUUAUGUUCUUUAUAUCACUUCAUGACCCAUUUCUGCUGAUUGGCACUCCAUCAGUUUAUGUUGUGCAGAAGAGAGUCAAAGGACAUCAAAUGCCCCCCUUUCAUGUGAGUGAGCACAGAGCCUGAAGCAAAAGGCCUAAAGCUGCUUUCACACAGUUUUCAGAUCUUCCAGCAGGAUGUCACUCUGAUUUCUUUACUUCAUAUCAUUGUUACUGCUUUAGUAGACCUGUAGACUUAUUGUUUGGAUUGAAAUGUAUAAGGCCUUUAAUCAUGUGGUCUAGUUACCAACAGGUGUACAGUUCUGUAUAUACACACACACACACACACACACACACACACACACACACACACACACUAUACCCUCUUCUUUGAUUUUCUGUUA